CUCCGGGGGACGGCAGCGCUCUGCACCUGCGCGGGGCCCACGGGCCGCGGACACCCCGCCGUGUGCAGGCCCCGCCCGGCCGGGCCACGGCCCCGAACCCCCUCAGCGGCGUUCCCGAGCUGCGCCGGGCGCGGAGAGCGCCCGUCCCCCCAGGGUGUCCUGCCUGAGGGGCCGGGAGCGCCGGAGAAGGUGGACGGGCGGGGGCAGAGCUGCGUCAGCCCUCACAGCUUCGUGUUGAAGCUUGGAGGGCUCUGAGGUUAGACCGUCCCAGAGGCCCGUCGUUUCGCUGUGCGUGAAUCGGUCUGGCCUAGCAGUAACGUGAGGGAAAUACCCCCUGCAGAGAACAUCUUGGCUGCCAUAAGCAAGACAGUGGUAGUUAAAUAUUUGUUCUUCUCCGAGUGCAUUUGUGCUGGCUCUUUACAGCUCUUGUGAUAGAAACACCCACCACACUGGUGUGUGCCACACAUGUGUCUGGUUCUGGGCUCCUCAGAUCAAGAGGGACAGGGAACUGCUGCAGAUUGUCCAGCACAAGGCCACUGAGGGGACUGGAGCAUCUUCUUUAGGAGGAAAGGCUGCAGGACCUGGGGCUGUUCAGCCUGAGACUGGGGGAGGACCUCGUUCAUGUUUACAGAUUCCUAGAUGAGCCUCCUAUCACAAAGGCUUUUCCUGCCACAUCGAGGUCUCCAUGGAGUCCUGCUGAAACAACACGUGAUUCCAGGGCCAAUCAGACUUUGGAACCUCUUAGGUAGCACUUACUAUUUUACGACUUCAAGCUGUCGAGGGAGCACCCAGAGGAAUGGAGGAUCCAAAAAGAAGACUCCACAGGAAGAGGAAGAGGAAGAGAAACGGAGGAAAAGGGAAAAUCAGAUGCACCUUGAGCGCCUGCGGGUGCUGCUCAUCAUCACCUUCAUAGUGCUGAUGUUCCGCUUCACCGUCAGCGAGAACAGAGAAGCCACCAACAUCUCCUGGAACUACUUUGUGAAUGAGAUGCUGGCAAAGGGAGAGGUCCAGAGAAUCGAGGUGGUGCCCGAGAGUGACUUUGUGGAGAUUUACCUGCACCCGGGAGGAUCUCCGCGUGGCCAAGUUAACGUUACCCUGCUGUACAUAAUGCGGGUGGCAAACAUUGACAAAUUUGAAGAGAAGCUGAGAGCUGCGGAGGAUGAGCUGAAUAUUGAUGAGAGAGAGAGAAUCCCCGUUUCCUACAAGCAUCCUGGCUUUUAUGGAAAUGAUGUCAUUUCGCUGAUAGUGACGCUCAUGGCUGUGUCCAUGCUGUGGAGCAUCUUCCGCCUCAUUAGGGUUGCAAGCCGGGCAGGAGGAUUCAACGCCUUCAACCAGCUGAAGAUGGCUCGUUUCACCAUUGUGGAUGGGAAAUCGGGCAAAGGGAUUGGCUUCAAGGACGUGGCGGGAAUGCACGAGGCGAAACUGGAAGUCAAAGAGUUUGUGGACUACUUAAAGAGUCCCGAUCGCUAUCUUCAGCUUGGGGCUAAAGUGCCCAAGGGUGCCCUGUUACUUGGACCUCCAGGCUGUGGGAAGACAUUGCUGGCAAAGGCCGUGGCUACAGAAGCACAGGUGCCGUUCCUGGCCAUGGCAGGCUCUGAGUUUGUGGAGGUGAUAGGAGGUCUGGGAGCUGCCAGGGUGCGGAGCCUCUUCAGAGAGGCCCAGGCCCGCGCGCCCUGCAUCGUGUACAUCGACGAGAUCGACGCCGUGGGCAAGAAGCGCUCAACCAACAUCUCUGGCUUUGCCAAUGCUGAGGAGGAGCAGACCUUAAACCAGCUGCUGGUGGAAAUGGAUGGAAUGGGGACCAUGGAUCACGUCAUAGUGCUGGCUUCCACCAACCGUGCUGAUGUCUUGGAUAACGCUUUGAUGCGACCUGGGAGGCUCGACAGGCACAUCUUUAUUGACCUUCCAACACUCCAGGAGAGAAGAGAGAUCUUCGAGCAGCACCUGAAGGGUCUCAAACUGAUCCAGGACGCCAGCUUCUACUCGCAGCGCCUCGCUGAGCUGACCCCGGGCUUCAGCGGAGCUGACAUAGCAAAUAUAUGUAACGAAGCUGCUCUCCACGCUGCGAGAGAAGGUCACAAAUCCAUCGAUACUUCCAACUUCGAGUAUGCUGUGGAAAGAGUCAUUGCAGGCACUGCCAAAAGAAGUAAGAUCUUGUCACCAGAAGAGAGGAAGGUUGUGGCGUUCCAUGAGUCGGGUCACGCCUUGGUUGGCUGGCUGCUGGAGCACACCGAGGCUGUGAUGAAGGUUUCCAUAGCCCCUCGGACCAACGCAGCGCUGGGCUUCGCUCAGAUCCUUCCAAGAGAGCAGUACCUCUUCACCAAGGAGCAGCUGCUGGAGAGGAUGUGCAUGGCACUAGGGGGGAGAGUGUCUGAGGCCCUCACCUUUAACAAAGUCACUACAGGAGCACAGGAUGACCUGAAGAAGGUGACCAAGAUAGCCUACUCCAUGGUGAAGCAGUAUGGGAUGGUGCCCAGCAUCGGGCAGCUCUCCUUCCCCGACCCGGAGAGUGCAGCUGGGAUUGGUCGUCGCCCUUUCAGCCAGGGACUUCAGCAGAUGAUGGACCAUGAAGCCAAGGCGCUGGUGGCCCAGGCUUACAGGCGCACGGAAAAGCUCUUGCUGGAGAACCGGGACAAGCUGCAGGCACUGUCUAAUGCCCUCCUGGAGAAAGAAGUGAUAAAUUACGAUGACAUUGAAGCUUUGAUUGGGCCUCCACCCUAUGGGCCAAAGAAAAUGAUAGCUCCUCAGAGCUGGCUUCAAGCAGAGAGAGACAAGCAGGACACCAGAGAUGAAGAAAUGCCCCAGCAGCCACCAAACCACGAGGAGGAGGAAGAACCACGCCUGAGACCUGUGUGAAGCCCUCUCCUGAUGAGGAAUGGGAGGACUCUAGAAGCUUCUUUUGGACACAGAGCCUUUCCUUUGUCAGCUCCAGAACCAAAGACAUUGAGCAGGGCAUCUCUGUGCUGCUAUUACCCAACAGUUAAGGGCUGGCUGCAUUGGCUCCUUUAAUGAGCCUUUUCCUGCAGGAAGGAGAACUCCUCAGGAUUUUGAAAUGGAUGCUCAGCAGGGUAGUGGUGAUUAGAGUCGGGUAAGUCUGAUCCACUGGAAGGAUUCCCUGUACAGAGGAGCAGUGCAUGUGUUCUGGAGGAUGACAGAGCCCCUGGAGUCCCUGUGAGCCCUCCCAGGCUGUGCCUGUGCCGUGGCAGGAGUGCAGGGCUGUUCCCUUCAGCAUCAGCCUGGGCAGUGCACUGAAACACCUGCAAGGCUCUCUGGUCCUGUCGUUCCUGUUCUGUGACUCCAAUGCAACCUUUGGUCAUCCCUGCUGCUGGAUACAAACUGCAAAGUGAAAUCCAGGCUCUGCUGGAAUAAACUGUCCCUAACUGUG